AUGUCAGAACAAAUAACUCCUAUAUCAAUUAAUUAUUCAAAAGAAAAAUUAAACAAAAUGAAAUUAGAAAAAUAGAAAACACAAAAAAUAAAUGAAGAUAAGACUAAUUAAGUUCAUUUACCUUAAGUGAAUUAAAAUUAUAACACUCCAAUCAAUAAUUCUUAGUCAUUAUCAUUUUUUAAGUCAAUAAAUAAUUUUUCAGAAAAAAAAUAAAAUAUCUAAAAUAUAAAUUUUUAAUAAUAAGCGCAAGUGCAGAAAUUUAAAAAACCUUAUGGAUUACCAAGACCAUAAACAAGUAAUGGGUUUAUCCAUAUAGUAUUAAAGAACACUUAAAAAGAGAAUGAAAGCAUCAUGAUGAGAAAUUUUAAUAAGAAGAAUUAGCUUUAAAUUAUUGUGGACUAACUUACAAACUAAUACUAAAAUUAAAAAAUAACUUUAAAAUAUGAAAAUCGUAUUUUAAUACCAGAAAAAAGCUUGGAAGAAUAAAUAAAUCAAAGAUAUGACACUAUAGUAAUUACAUUUACUAUCAAUUCAGAAACAUUUUAGAAUGAAUAAUAAAAUAAUUAUUAUAAUUCAACUGUGGCUCUCUUAAGGAAAUAAUAAACUCCCUAAUAUACAUAUAGAAAUAAUAAUCCUAUUAAGAAGGAAGAUUAAAGUUUUAGAUUUAAAACAGAGUAUUGCAGUUCCUUCUCUAGUUCCCAAAAUGGGUUUGAUUUUGGGAUAUUAAAUUCUACAAAAACUGAUGGAAAUGAAGUAGACCCAGAAUGUGAAGAUACAAAAAGGACUAACAAUUAUUAAACAAAUAAAAAAUCUUAUUUUGGUAAACACUACCGAUAAGAUUAAUAACAUUCAGCUGAUUCCUAAAAAAUGAAUAAUUACAAAUAAAAUUGCAGAGAUUUACCCAAAGAAUCAUUAACCAGAUAACAAUCCUCUGCAAGCAUAAUUUAAUAAAUCUCUAAUUAAGAUACAACUUAUAAAAAAUAACAAAAACUGAAUUCUCACAGAAUUCUCUCAAGUUCAAACUUUCAAACAGCUUAACAAAAAUCUGAGUUAUCUAAAGAGUAACUCUAAUAAAAAUACUCUAAAUAACUAAAUCAAAUCUAUUAAAAUAAUUAAAAUGAUAAUUAGAAUUUAUUUAUAAAGUGUUAAAAUUGCAGUUACUUUUGUAUAGUGACAUAAUUUCAUAAACAAGAUUAUUGGUGUGAAAGUUGUCGUACUUGGAGUGUUAAGUUUAACCCUGAAGCUAUAAAAAUUUAAAAUAGCUGCAAUCAUACUCUAAACUUAAGUGAAAUUAUUACAAAAUUUUAAUAUGCUCUAUAAAAUCGACAACUUGCUAAAUGCUGUAAAUAAGAGAUAAAAUAUACUAUCAUAAAAAGAAUCGAUUCAAAUAAAAGUUAUUUUAACUUAAGAUUAGAAUUGAUGGUUUAAAUGUUAAAAAAUUAAAUAAUCAAAAUUCAAACACAUUUAAUUGCUUAAUGUACUGAAACUGAUUGCAAUUUCUUUACUAUAUGGAAUUUUAAUCAACCUUUAUAAUAGUAAGGUUUUUGUCAUUCUUGUGGUAAAAGAACUGCUUUUUAUAUGGAAUCACCUUAAAAUGCAGUUAUUAAGAGUAAUUGUGGACACAAUAUAACACCUUAAAAAUUAUUAGGAACUGCUUCAGAUGCCUAACUCAAUAAAGAACUGGCAAAAUGUUCAUUUUGCUUAAUAUAAAUACCAUUAAAGUUUUAUAGAGAUUUAGGUAAAUUUGGAUCUCAAUAUAUUGACUAUGCUUACAAUUAUUAAUUAGAUAAACUCAAAUAAUAAUUUUAAAAAAUGACAGAGAUUAUAGUUUCUAAUUGUAGUACCCUUUCAUGCACAUUCUUUUAUGUCUUUUAAAAUAAAACUAUUUGUGAUUCAGGAGGCAAAAUAGUUUUCUCUUAAUAAUACAAUUUAGAUAAUUAAUAAAUAUUUAGUUUUUGCCCUAAUUGCCAUAAAAAUUCAAUCUCAAAUCAAUGGAAUGAAAGAAGAAAUAUAAAAAAAAUGGCAAAUUGUUAAUUUGCUAAUCCUUGA